AUGCUACCAUCUGUGGGUGAUGUACGUGAAGGAUUUAUAUGUCCACAAUGUCAUCACGAUAUGUCAACAAUGGAAAUGUUACAAUUGCAUUUUCAAGAUGUUCAUAUGAAACAAUCAUCAUCAGCUGUAAAAGGUUUAUUUUCAUUAGCAAAACAGAAAAUAAAAAGUGUACAAGAUAAUUUUACAACAGUUCCAAAUGAACAAUCGAAUGUUUAUACGCAAUUUUUUUCUUUUGAUCAAAAUGAUUCAUCAUUAAAACAACAACAAAUUGGAUAUAUUCGUUCAUAUAAUGAUAAAUUUAAAAAACUACGAAAAAUUGAACAUGAUCAAAUAUCAAUUGAAACAACACGUCUUUUACUUCGACUUGAAAAGUUAAUCAGUAAUGAUGAAGAUGUACCAAAAAAUGCUAAAACAAAAGAACGUCGAAAAUAUGAACAAGAAAUUGUUGAAUGGAUUGAUGAUUCAAAAGUUUCAUUAUGUCCAUCUUGUGCUAAACCAUUUAGUUUAUCUAGACGAAAACAUCAUUGUCGUCUUGAUGGUUUUGUAAUUUGUGAUCAAUGUUCACAAUUUCUUCUAUUUUCAAAAGCUCGAUAUUUAAUUGAUCCAAAUUCAUCAACAUUGAAUAAAAUGACGGCAAAUGGUUCAUCACUUCAAGGUUCGAAUAGUUUAACUUCAACAGUAACCACUGAUGAUUCAAAUUUAAAUAAUAAGGAUAAAGUCAAUAGUGAAAAUUAUCUUCGUAUUUGUUUAUCAUGUCAAAAAGUAUUACAAAGACGUUAUGAUCAAAUAUGUUUUAAAAAUGCCCAACGAGAUGAAGUUUUUCUUUAUUAUGAAAAAAUUGCUGAAGCACAAAAAGAACUUGCUAAUAUUCAUCCAACAUAUUCGACAAUUAUUGAAUCUCUAUUAAGUGGUGAUACAAAAUAUCAAAUAAUUGAUGGUCAACGAUUAUAUCGUCAAUUAACAUCUUGUUAUGAAAAGAUUGAUUCUACAUCAAAACAUAUUAUGAAACUAGCUGAUUCAUGUUCAAAUAUCGAUGAAGAUGAUACACAAUCACAAUUUCGUUAUUCAGCUCUUUGUCGAAAUAUACGAAUGUAUGCUGUACAUCUAUUACAAAAUUAUGCUAUAUCAACAAGACGUGUACCAAGUGAAGAUGAUGUACAACGUGCACGUGAUGAACGUAAACGAUUAGUUGAAGAACGAAAUGAAUUAGAACGUGCAGCUAAAGCUGAAUUAGUUUCAAAAAUAUCAUCAACAGAUUCUCCAACAACAUCAAAAAAAGAUGUUUCAGGUUGGAGACCAACAAUUGAUCGUAAUUUAUUAGUACAAGCACAAGAACUUAAUCCACUUGUUCAACAAGUUUAUCAAGUAACAGAAUAUAUUCGACAAGCUCAGAUAGCUGGACGUUAUGAUGAAGUUGAAUCAUUAAAAUUAAAUUUAAAAGAACUUGAACAAGCCUUGAAAAAUAUGCCACAACAAGAAAAUGCAUCAACAUUUGAUUCAUAUGCAAUAGAAUGUGAAUAA